AUGGCGGCUUUACCUGCUCCAGUCAUGGGGUCGUUUUACCAAUUUCAUCCCGAUAGUAGUUCACAAGAGUUUCUAAACAGAUCUCUGGAGACAAGCAAUCUUUACUACACACUAGCUUCCAGCAUGUUAUCGUUUUUUCUAACUAAAACCAGCAUUAACGGUAUUCUUGGGCGAGGAGGUAUGUUCAUUUUUUCUAGCGAGCAACUACGUGACUUUCUCUCCAUAGGCGAAACUUGGAAUCGGGACCAGAAGAAGUUGCUAGACCUUGGCGCAGGCGACGGCCAAGUGACAGAAAUAUUGGCAAACUACUUUGCUGAUGUGACUGUUACAGAAGCAUCAAUGGUGAUGGCUUGGCGACUGCGACAGCACGGGUUUACAGUAACUGACAAAGAACUUUGGGCACAAACAGGGCCAUAUGACUUGGUCUCUGCAUUGAACCUUCUUGACAGGCAUUACGACCCUCACGCCUUGCUUCGCGACUUACACCAGUUAACUUAUAAUUCCAAUUGCUUGUUACUUAUGGCUGUAGUUCUUCCAUUAAAACAGUAUGUCGAGUUCCAUCCGUACAAAAACAGCACUAAGCCAGAUACAUUUUUGCGUUUGAAAGGCGAAACGUUUGAAGAACAGUUCAUUUCCUUAGUAGAUGACAUACUUGCACCCUCAAACUUCGAAGUGGUGAGGUGGGGAAAACUGCCGUAUUUGUGUGAAGGGGAUCACGAGAUGGUAAAUAAAAAUCUCUUAUGCGCUUACUAUCAGCUUGAUGAUGCAGUGCUUCUGUUACGGCCUACGGCUAAGACGGUGCCCCACAAAGCUGUAAAAGAAAAACCUAAUUUCCUGCGAGAAAAAGAGGAUCUUUAA